AACCUCUUUUUUUUUCCCCUUUUCCCUUGUGUGUGUGCGUGCCUGCGUGCCUGCGUGCGUGUGUGUGUGUGUGCGUGCUGUAAUAGCGCUUCUCCGUCGCCCUCCAUUAUGAGGUAGCCGUGCUGCUAUUGUGCAAGCGGCCCGACGACAUGCAUCCUGCACCCAGUCUGUCGGAAUCCUUUCCCAAGGACAGCAAGACUGAGGAUAGAGGCCAACAUGUCUCCCAUCCGCACGACCAGCCGCCGCCGCCGCCGCCGCCGCCCGCCGGCCACCAACCGUCGCAGCAGCUCCAACCCCACCAGCCUGCUCUUCCCGAGCACGUGCAGCAGGACAGCCGUCCCCCGUCGCCCAUCCAGUCGACGCCCAUGAGGAAGGACACGAGCUCCUCGACCUCGACCGUGGCUACCGAGGCUACCGCGGUCUCGAACGCCUCGGCCGACACCAAUUCGACGGCCUACAGCGUGGAAUCGUCCCAGUCCAUCUUCUCGGUCAAGGACGGGUCCGAGAUCUCCCACAACCGACGCGCGAGUCGGCGGCGAACCGGGCCGUUGUCUGCUCAGCAGAGGGAGAAGGCCGCGCUGAUUCGGAAGUUGGGCGCGUGCGCCGACUGUCGAAGGCGCAGGGUUGCUUGCCAUCCGAACCAUCACAAUAUGACUUGGGAGGAUGCUAUGCGGAAGUAUCGUUCGUCCAGCCCUUUGCAGGAUCUCGCGCCCCUGGCCGGUCGACCCAUCAGCCCCGCGCCUAACCAUGUCAGACAUCAUUUCACCCACGAUCCGCAGGAGAUGGACGUUGACACCCCUCCCGCUGCCCCCAACGUCCAAGCUGCGCCGGGACGUCCGCCGCUAGGCGACGCGAGGAUCCGGACGCCCCUGCCUUCGGGUCCGCGUCUAGAGAAGGCGAUUUCGUCGUCGCCCCUGGCUGCUGCGCCCAGUCACCACUACGCGCCCUUGCCCGGCGUCGAUUCCGUCAAGGCGGAGCUGGAGAGCGCGGCGUCGAGGAUCCUCUCGUCUCCCUACCGUAGCCGUUACACUGCCGUUUCCGCGCUUCUGAUCCAUUGGCAGAGCGACGAGGACCCCGGCGUGGCGGCUUCGGUGAAGGAGCUGGGUGCGGUUUUGGAAAGAGACUAUCGAUACGGACUCGAGACCCUCAAGAUCCCUGACGGCUGCACCAACUCGUGGCGAUGGCUCUCGCGCAUUAUCAACGAUUUUACCGAAAAGAAAGACAACAGGGACGUCCUUAAGAUUGUAUAUUAUAACGGAUAUAGCUACUUGGACGAGAACAGGGAGAUGGUUCUGGCGAGGCAAGUGGUCCGAGUCGCCCCGAGAUCCGUUCUUGUUAUCCUCGAGGAAGCUCGUUCGGAUACGCUCAUCAUCAUGGACGCUGCCUACUUUCCCUCCUCGAAAAUGGUGCGCCAGAGGGGCGUAUUUGAGCUCAUCGCCGCAUCCUCUUCGGAGGACUACUUCGAUAUCCUAGACCGAAACAGCUUCACCAGGAUGUUAGCUAAGCAGCUGCAAACGCAAGCUGCCCAACGCUCGACAAACGCGCUCUCGGCCGCCGAGCUGCACUCGAGACUCCUAUCCGGGUAUCCCAAGACCAUCCAAGACAAACACGAAAAGGGCGCGGCCGUCAGCUCCCCUUCGCCGCUACACAUACAGAUUUCGGGUAACUCGAGGUUACCUUCGAUUACGUUAUCUCCACCACAACCGCCGGCCCUCUACAGCCCCGAGAACCACCACGGUCCCCAGCUGACAUUGUCGAUGCGGUUGACCGAAGAGACUCUGAACCUCGAGAGCUGGGCCGAAUGGCUUCGUAUGAUGCCAGAAGGGAUCCGAGAUGUCAAAGUCGAAGGUCCAUAUACUACGUUUAGGUGA